AUGGUACAAAUAAUGAAAGAAAAUCUUGAGACUCAUGCACAAUGCAUACCAACACCCAUAACCGCCACCACCAAUACCACCAAUACCACCACUACCAUUACUAAAAACAAAAUUUUGCACUCACCACCACUGCCGUCCAAACACACAAAUCUCAAUACAAAUGUCAAUACAAAUAUCACAUUUAAUGCAUCUCAGAGUCAAUUGCAAUUACUAUACCAAUUAACAAAAACCCUCAACGCUAAACUUGAAACUCUAUUGGAAGAUGAACAACUGACUUAUCCAACGCUUAUUGACCAAUACGAAUCCAUCUCAUUUACAGUAGAUACUGAUAGUAUGCAAGAAUUAAGAAUUGCAUUGCCUUCAGACGAAUUAACCGGAAACAAAAACUUGGAUGUGAAAAUAGUAGUAUCUUCUGGAAAAUCCAUCUUUGACGAAACGUGGACUUCUUCAGGAGAAACACAAGAAGAAACAGAACCAGAAAUAGAAAUAGAAAUAGAAACAGAGAAAAUAAAAGAGAGAUUAAUAAGACCACCAAAUACAAUAAUACCUAAUCAUUCACAACCACCACUUCCAUCUCAAUCUUUGAAAAAGACAAAGAGUGAAGGACCCUUGAGUAUUCAUCACUUUGGUACUGGUAUAGAAAAAAUUGAAAACACCAACUGUGAAACCUUGUCAAUAAUCAACCUUCAAAACACAAGGAAAGUUUUAGAGUGUAGCACAAUUUUACCAAAUGUAACUUAUCAAACACGACAAUUAGCUCUUCAGUCAAUAAAUAAUAGAUCAAAUACCAAUAUUUCAAAUAAUAUAAACAAUGGCACUAACAAUUUAAUGGAAUAUUCCGCUACUUUAAGCAACAACAAGUAUCCAGCAAGAGAUGAAAACAAUCAAUUUUCAAAUAUUGAAUACGAUUUAUCUCUGUUGCAAAGAUAUGAUAUUGAUGACGACGAAAUUCCCUUUAUAGUAAAUCCAAAUCCACAAUUGCUAAUAUUACUAGAUGAGUACUUACUUAGCGAAGAUGAAGUAGAAGAAGACGAUGAAGUCGCAGAAGAAGAAGAAGAAGAAGAGGAGGAAGAAGUGGGAACCAACAACACUUUGGAGAAUUACAAAAAUACUGAAAUAGAAUUUUCCUUUUGUACAGAACCCCAGCUACAUCAUCAAGAUUAUUCACUACAUAAAAUACUGCCCUCUGUUACAAUUGAAAAGAGCAAAUAUGAUGAAAAUAAAGAAUAUUAUGACAUAAAUCUGCAAGAACAUAAUCUGCAAAAUAUAAUGAAUGGCGAGGUUGAAUCGAACACAAAUUUAUAUCUAAGAAAAGUGUUAAACGACUCAGGGCCUUUUUAUACAGACCCGUAUGGCUCAGAAGGUAUUGAGGCUGAUACUUCAAAUGACGAAAUGGGAGGAUAUAAUCCAAUGAAUGUGGUACAAAUCGGAAACUUUUAA